GCAGAGCGGGGUGAGCAGAGUUCACUUUGUGUCGCCAGGUUCGCCAUCUGACGAGGCUGCCUCUGGGCUCCGAGUUGGAGGGCAGCAACAUGGAGGAAACUCGUGAAGAAGAGGCGAAGAGAGCGCAAGACCAAAUCCAGCGGAUCCAGAAGGAGCUGCUCAAGGUCGUGAGGUCCUUCAUCGAGGAGGAAGACGGCCCCUACAGGUGGCAGAACACGUUCCGCGGGCCGGGCCAGGAUCCCGAGUUCUCGGUGAUGCCGGGCCACGCCGAGGCGCCCGCGUCUGCCGACAUGCUGAGCCCGGCCAAGAUCGCCCGUCUCACGGAGCGGGCCUUCGAGUUCCUCUUCGCGCAGGCGGGUUUGGCCAAACGCUACGAGAGCAGCCCGGACAGGAUGACCGCGUUCUUCCACGGCCACCUCAAGGCGCCCGAGUCGAUCAUCAAGUCGUGGAAGGACGACGCCGCCUUCUGCCGGCAGUUCACGCAGGGUCCAAACCCCAUGAUGAUCAGCGUCUGCCGGAGUCUGCGGGAGGUGCCCUGGGAGAUGCGAGGCCUGGCGGGGCAGGGCUGCACGGUGCCGCAGCUGCUGGAGCAAGGCCGCCUCUUCGUCGCCGACUACAAACAACUCGCAGGGCUGCCCCUGCUGCCCCAGGACAAGAAGAAGUUCUGCGCGCCCCUCGUGCUCAUGUUCCGCGAGCUGCAGCCCGCGCAGGGAAGCAGCCGCCUCAUGCCGCUCGGCAUUCAGCUCACGCGACACACAGACCGCGAGAACCCCGUUCACACGCCGCACAAGAACCCGCGUCGCUUCCUCUUCGCCAAGAUGCACGUGGGCUGCGCCGACAACCAGGUGCACCAGUUCGUGUCCCACCUGGGCCUCACGCACCUGCUCCUCGAGCCCUUCGCCGUGGCGCUGCACAACCACCUGCGGGGGGGACACCCCGUGGGGCAGCUCCUGCACCCCCACUUCCAGGACACGCUGGGCAUCAACCACGUGGCGCGCCACACGCUCAUCUCGAGCGUGGCGCCGCUCACCGACGCCACGUUCGCCGUGGGCACGGCGGGCGGAAUGCGCUUGGUGGCGCGGGCGCUUCGCUCGGCGCGCUUCGUGGAUCGCUCCUUUCCCCUGGAGAUGGAGCGCCGCGGCUUCGGCGCCGACGGCCUCGACGACUUCUACUACCGGGACGACGCGGCCCGCCUCUGGGACGCGCUGCGAGCGUACGCGGCCGCCGUCGUGAGGCGCACGUACCGGGACGACGACGCCGUCACGGCCGACUCCGCCCUGCAGGAUUUCGCAGAGGCCGUGGUGGAUCCGGACCGUGGCAACGUGCUGGGGUUCCCGGCUGCCCUCUGCACCAGGGAGCUGCUGACGGAGUGCCUCACCACCAUCAUCUUCACGGCCAGCGUGCAGCACUCGGCUCUCAACUACCCGCAGUGGGACUUCUACUCCUACGUGCCCAUGCGGCCGGAGCAUCUCACGAAGCUGAUGCCGGAGGGGGAGGAGGACAUCUCGGAGGAGUUCAUCACGAGCGCCCUGCCCGACGUGCGCGUCUGCCUCUUCCAGAUCCUCCUCUCUCACAUCCUCUCCGUGCCCUCGCUCACCACGCUCAGCCAGGUGGACGCGAUGUCGGAGCUGUACCCGGACGUCCACGCGGAUCUGCAGCGGCGCCUGCGCCUCAUCUCCGCCUCCAUCCAGCAGCGGAACAGCCAGCUCGAGGCGGCCGGCGCGACCCCCUACCCCUACCUCGACCCCGCCAAGGUCGCCGCCAGCAUUGACAUCUGACCCCUCGACCUCCUGAUUUUCGGGCGGCGCCGAUUUGAAACAAGGACACGCGGCCCCGCUUCCAGGAGGAGGAGGAAGAUAAAUCGCGCUCACGCAUGGCUCCCAUUUUGUGGGUCACGUGCUCACGUUGUGUGGGUCCCACUGUUGUGCUGUACUUGUGCGCUCCCGCAUCUACGCCCCUUGACCUCGCCAGCUCGCGCCGCCCGGCGUUGGUGAAGCACGGUCGGCAUAAUCCCCCACAGUCGGGGGCGGUGCAAGCGAGGGCGCUCAUCCAGCAGUGGAUUGACAAAAGCCGAGAUUAUUUUGCGCGGUAGUCGGCACGGAGUAGCCGGAUAACUCCGGCCAGACUCUCCGCCGCGUCGGUCGCCCGAAAGGAAAGGUCACAGAUUGUGAGUCACGACCUCCGAAUAUCGGGCACGGACGAAGCCCCGUGGGAAUUCUCCGCUUCUCCUGCCGGUGAUCUCACGGUGACGACGCCGGCGAACAAAGAUUUAUAAAUACACCAGGCGCCCUCUGACCUGGUAAAAAAAACCCGCUGGCAUGUAUCACGAAUUCAUUUUUUUCCUGUAAACUCGGCUCCAUUUUUGUAUUGUCCGCAACGCCGAUCUGUUUAUUACUCACAGUCGAGAAUAAUAACGCAGCGGUCGCCAAGAAACGGAACGGGUCCGAGAGGACGCCGAACGGGGGAGAUGGAGCGAUGAAAUCGGAUCUCGUGCACGCGUGUAUCGGGCGGAUUGUCAACACCGCAGGAUCGCGAGAGAUGGACACGGCACGGGGGAGAUCGUCAUCCAGCAGUGGAUCGACCAAGGCCGCCGAUGAUGAUGAUGACAUUCAUGUAUGUGAGCCCCUUGCCAUGGGAACAUGGAAUUGACAUUGCUGGAUCAGAGCCGCCAGUCCGGAUGGGUAACGCCCAUUGAGCAGGGAGACACCUCGACUGGUAGUGGGCUAACUCUGUGAUUUAGUUUAACACUUCGGCUUUCGCGACGAAUAUUAUUCAUAAUAAAGGCUUUUGGGUUAGAUUGCGUUAUUAAUAAAUGUGUUCACUAGCCCACCAGUGUGUUGAAGAGUGAAUGCACAACAAUUUUUGAGUACGAUGUUUCGCUGGUAAUUACAUCCAGCAUCAUCGGGCAAUUUGAUUGAGUUAACCUCCGAUUAGUACAUCGCGAAAUA